AUGGUUUUUCGACAUUUCUUAGGUACUUACGAAGAUUUCAUGGAGCCUCCCCGAUUCUCCAAAGAAGGCAACGUUGGCAGUGAAGUGCCUCCAUCCGAGCAAGGCAUGUUCGAUGAUCUUCAGCGGUACUGGACUUGCGCGCGCCCAUCAAGUUUUAACCCAGAGGAUCUCUGCAUUCAAUCACUCGCAUACUACACACUACGCAUCGCAGCAGCAGAAUGGUUGAAAUAUAUCGCGGUGAUGCAACAAUGUCUGAAACAGUACGAGUACAACCAUGGUCAACUGCCUGCACUUUCACUCGAUAAGUUUGAUGGAGAUCUUCGGGAGCUGCAGAGCUGGAGACGCCGGACGUUGGUAUCCCAGGCCAAGAUCAAAUCGGUCCUGCGCUUCCUAUCACCGAAACAUUGUGGCAUGGAAAAGCCUCAACGCGAUCUAGAAUAUCUUAGCGAAGAUUUCACGCACAUUCAUGAGAGCAUAGACGCUGUUGGUCGACGUCUAGAGAGCAUGCUCCCUGUUGUUAUGAGCUUUGUGCAGAUCACCGACGCACGACGCUCUUUCGCUGAAACAGCAGAUAUUAGUCGCCUGACUAUUCUCGCACUGAUUUUUGUACCAUUGACGUUCGUUUCAAGUCUGUUCAGUAUGAAUACUGAAUAUUCGCCUGGCAGUGGCGACUUUUGGGUUUAUUUCACGGUCGCUAUUCCCAUAACGGGGUUGGUUGUGCUUAUCGCAAGACCACCGGUCGCUUUGACGAGGAAAGCACUGGAGUGGAUACAGGAGAGACGAAAGAAGCCAAUAGCGAGACGACGUGCUACGUCGAAAAGUGAGUCGAUUGCGGAAGAGAUGUCUUAG